ACAGGGCCAAGUACAGCAUGGUUCUGGAAGGAAGAUGGGUUCUACUCGAGUGACUGCGAAGGAGCUGUGUGAGAAUGACGACCUGGCUACUACAAUAGUACUCGACUCCUACCUCGGAUUUAAGACCCAUAAGAUGAACGUGAGUCCGCUCCCAGCCAUCAGAAGAAAUUACCAUAUGCGAGAGGCAGUAGAGACCUUCCGGAAGCGCAGAGACCUAGAAGCGGCUUACCAAGCUUUGAUGCAGGGAGGAUGGGCCUGCCAGUACUUUCAGAACCGGAGCCGUCAGCAGGAGGCCGCCUUCAAGACUCAUAUAUUUCGCUACCUUCGCAUUUUCCUUCCUGAGAGCGGUUUUGCUAUCAAGCCCUGUAGUCGCUAUUCCCUGGAAAUAAACGGAGCUCGGGUUGUCGCUACAAAGUCAUGGAGGAGGAAUGACAAGCUGGAGCUUUUGGAGGGCUACAUUGCAGAAUUGACAGAGCCGGAUGAGAGCCUUCUGCGGACAGGUGAAAAUGACUUCAGCAUCAUGUAUUCCACGCGGAAACAAUGUGCCCAGCUCUGGCUGGGACCGGCUGCUUUCAUUAAUCAUGACUGCAGGCCAAAUUGUAAGUUUGUCCCCAUGGAUGGGAACACUGCGUGCGUCAAGGUGCUGCGGGACAUAGAGCCAGAAGAUGAGAUCACGUGUUUCUAUGGCGACGGCUUCUUUGGGGAAGACAACGAGCUGUGUGAAUGCUGCACCUGUGAAAGGAAGGGGGAAGGAGCCUUCCGAUUCCUGAAUCGGGCACCUUCGGAAUCUACCUCGGUCCAUGACAAAUAUCUACUGAGAGAGACUGUUGGCCGUCUGCAGCGGUGGAAAGCCCAGUCGUGCAAACUGGCCCAGCGCCGCGUGAAAGCAGGGCGCAAGGCCCGGCACAGGAGGGCACGAUCACGGGGUGCCCUCUGCAGAUCCACCCGACGUUGGCGCUUUAGACUCCUCAAACCUCUGUACAUCCCCUUGCAUGAUUGCAUGGCCUGCGGGGCACGCAGGUGCAAGAUCCGUAAGGAGCUGCUGUUGUACGUGCCUCGUUGUCCUCCUUCCAUGUUACCUGCAUUGCACUCCUGGCGUUCUUUGCAUAGCAAGGGAAGCCGUUUGGGGGCCCUACAAGACUGCUCUUUCACAAGAACGCACAACAGGCCUGUGAUCUCGGGCUGGGCAGAACGGCGCAGCUUGUUUGUGGAUCUUGGCAAGAGAGUGACUGUGGACUCGGCCAAGUUUGAGAGAGAAGGAGGGUGUGUGGCUGGAGAGAGAGUUCCGCAUAAUGGCGAUGGGGAGCUUAGGCAGGGAUCUGAGGAGGACGGUGCAGGAAAUGCGGAGGGGCAUUCCGAGGCCACUGGGCCAGGCGCAUUAGGCUCUGCGGUGCUAGGCUCAGGGGAUCAAGAGCCCCUUGACUCAGUCUGGUCUUCCUCCAGCCAGCUACUAUACAGGACAAGGAGCAUGACCCGGCACCAAGCCCAGGUUUUGCACAAAGCCCCGCUGCCUCUGCCUGCAGCAGACCCCAAACUUUCCCAGUAUGCUCACGUCCAUCUUGGAGGCAGGCAGCGCCGGCAGCAGCCCCCUCCUAGCAGGAUGGAGAAGGACCAGGCGGAGGAGCAGCAUGCCCCUAAACAAAUGCUCUCUUUCCCCCCUUUCAUGCCACCUAAGCGGCUCCGGCUGGUGGUGAGCCAUGGCUCCAUCGACCUGGAGGUGGCUUCCAGCUCUUGUGAAGAGCUGUCCUGAU